GUUAAGAGUAUAUAUCAUCAUUAAGAGUAUGUCAGAGUGAGGGCAAACCUAUUUUCUGUCUUCUUUUUUUCAAUGUUUGGUUUUUAAGGGAAAAAAAAGGAGUAAGAGAUUUACAAUUAAUUGUCUUAAAAUUUAAUGAACUGGUUUUUCAUUUCAUCUUCUCUCUUUAAAUCCCCUUGUUCAAACUUCAACAUUUUCUGCAGUUUUUUGUAAAAAAAUGGAGCUUGAAAAAAGCUUAGACCCAAAUCUAUGGCAUGCAUGUGCUGGAUCCAUGGUUCAAAUCCCACCAAUAAACUCCAAAGUCUAUUAUUUCCCUCAAGGCCAUGCCGAGCACUCACUUAACUCGGUGGAUUUCCCGUUUUCUCGUCAAAUCCCACCUCUUGUUCUUUGCCGAGUUGACUCGGUCAAAUUCAUGGCCGAUGUUGAAACCGAUGAAGUAUAUGCCAAGAUCAUGCUUACGCCAUUACAGAACAACAAGCCUGAUGUUGGAGACGAUGAUGGUGUUUCAAAUGGCGGCUGUAAUAAUAUUGAAAAAAAGGCUGCUUCUUUUGCUAAGACGUUGACUCAAUCCGAUGCUAACAACGGCGGUGGGUUUUCCGUUCCGAGAUACUGUGCUGAAACCAUUUUUCCCGCGUUGGAUUAUAGUGCCGAUCCUCCGGUUCAAACCGUCGUCGCCGUUGAUGUUCAUGGUCAGCUAUGGAAGUUCAGGCAUAUUUAUAGGGGAACUCCGAGGAGACAUUUGUUGACUACAGGUUGGAGUGCUUUCGUCAACCGGAAAAAACUCGUUGCCGGCGACUCAGUCGUGUUCUUGAGAGCCGAGAACGGUGGAAUUCGUGUCGGGAUCAGGCGAGCCAAGCUUGGGAUUGGGGAUGGUGAUUGUUAUGGAAGUUUGGGUUUUUAUGGGGAUUCAAAAAGGAACGGAAAAGUGAAGCCGGAGGAGGUUUUGGAGGCGGCGAAGGCGGCUUCCGGUGGCCGGAAGUCGUUCGAGGUUGUUUAUUAUCCGAGAACAAGCAGGCCGGAGUUUUGUGUUAGGGCAUCUGCAGUGAAUACAGCAAUGAAGGUCCCUUGGUGUUGUGGCAUGAGGUUCAAAAUGGCUUUCGAGACUGAAGAUUCUUCUAGAAUUAGUUGGUUCGUCGGAACCAUAUCGUCCGUUCAAGUUGCCGAUCCGGUCCGGUGGCCGGACUCGCCGUGGCGGCUUCUUGAGGUGACAUGGGAUGAACCGGAUUUGCUGCAAAACGUUAACCGUGUGAAUCCGUGGUCAGUUGAAUUAGCAUCGAACGUGCCCGCUAUCCACCUCUCGCCCUUUUUACGACCGGUGAAGAAAUUGCGGCUCCCUCAACACCUUGACGGACUAUUAGUGCAGUCUUUUCCAAGCAAGCCCCUUAGCCCAAGCAACCCGUUUUAUCGUUUAUCUGAUAAUGCUCCUGUAGGGAUACAGGGAGCCAGGCAAGUUCAAUUCGGGUUACCUUUAUCGGAUCUCCAUCUUAAAAAUAACCUGAAUUCGGGACUGUGCCUGUCUGGUUUCCAGCGGUUUGAUCUACACGAUAGAAUUCCCGAUACAUUCACAAACAGUUGCAAUAAUCUAUCUUGUAAUAAAUCCAAAAUCCCGAAAAAAUGCCGGUUUUUACUCUUUGGUCAGCCGAUACUUACUGAGCAGCAACUGUCUCAGAGCUCUUCAAGUGAAGCUGUCUCGGAAGUUGUUAGUGGAAACAGCUGCAAAACAAAAGAUUCAUCCAACGGCUCAGGAUCUGUUAUCGGGAACCAAUUCUCUCCGGAGAAGUCAUCUACUGCUCGAUUUUUGUGGGAUUGGGACAAUCGAGCCAUAGAACCCUGCAUGGAUACCGGUCAUUGCAAGGUAUUCAUGGAAUCGGAGGAUGUCGGACGAACUCUUGACCUCUCGGUUCUCGAUUCUUAUGAAGAUUUAUACAGGAGAUUGGCUAACAUGUUCGGAAUAGAAAGAUCGAAAAUGUCCGGACAUGUGCUGUAUCGAGACGCAACCGGUGACGUCAAACGAACUGGAGAUGAACCAUUCAGUGCAUUUAUGAAGAUCGCCAAAAGAUUAACAAUAAGAAUGGAUUCAAGCAACAAUACUAUUGAAAGGUCACGGCUCACCGGAACCCGAGCUGCGGAAAAUGGAUUUCAUGGAUCAAACAAGACAGGUCCUUUAAGCAUAUUUGCAUGAUUUCGAGCCUAUGUAUUCUGUUGUACAGGUUUCUUGUCUUUGUGUAAAAUAUCUUCAAAAAGAACAUUUAAAUGUCUUGUAAUUUGUUGAAUGUUAUUAGUAAAUUAUUCUCAAUGUUACCAAAA